CACAUCAGCAUAUUUGUAUCACUCUCGACAAAUUGGACCGCGAAUGUGUAAGUGGUUAAUACAGUAAAUAAUCUUCUAAACGAAUCUAACAUGUAUCGGUUAAUUAUUUGGUUUUGUUGCUUUGGAAUGGGAAUUUGUGGGGCUGAAAAAUAUGAUGAUACAGUUAUUGAAAUUGUUAACGGUAAAAUUCGUGGACAGGUAAGAAAAUCCUUUACGGGAAAAGAGUUUAUUGCUUAUGAAGGAAUACCCUAUGCUGCGCCACCUACAGGACAAGGAAGGUUUAAGCUUCCAAAAGAACCUAAUAAUUGGACUGGAAUAUUAGAAACUACAGACAAUACUCAAGUAUGUGCUCAAGUAACUUAUCCUAUACCUAGUGCUGUAGGUACAGAAGAUUGCUUAUAUCUUAACGUAUAUACACCAAAAAAUUACAAACAUUUCAACCAAUCGUUACCAGUAUUUGCUUUCAUUCAUGGAGGUGCUUUUCAAUUCCGCUCAAAAAGUGUUUGGGUGCCAGAUUAUUUUAUUAUGAACGAUAUCAUACUUGUAACUUUUAACUAUAGGUUAGGUGUCUUGGGCUUUUUGUCAACAGAAGAUGGAGUAAUUCCUGGUAAUUUGGGUUUAAAAGAUCAACGGUUUGCUUUAAGAUGGGUGUCAAAAAAUAUUGAUAAAUUUGGAGGAGCUCCUGACAAAGUAAUAUUGGGUGGUCAAAGCGCUGGUUCAGCUUCUGUUAGUUAUCAAUUAUUGGAUCCAAAUAAUGAAGGAUUAUUUAGAGGAGUAAUAAUGAUGAGUGGAUCGGCAUUAUGUCAUCAUGAGUUUCAACCGGCACCCCAAAAAGUAGCUUAUAGGCUAGGACAAAUUAUAAAUUCAUCAUUUACAGGUAAAUCUGAAGAAUUGUUGUCCAUUUUGCAAGACACGCCAAUUGAACAUCUGCUUUUGUCAGCUAAUUCAUUUUUAGUUAAGUCUCAAUUCCUUAAUACGGAAAAUCCUGUAAAAAUUGGAUCGCUUAAUAAUAUUUGGCUACCAGUAGUAGAAGGAAAUAGUGACCAAGAUAUUCUGAUUGGCUCUCCAAUGCAUCAGGCAUUUAUUGAUGGCAGCUUUAUAAAAGUUCCAAUGGUUGCUGGUUUUACAACGGAAGAAAUUGUUUACUAUUCUGAUUAUGUAGACGUCUUAACUAAUGCCGAUAAAUUAGAUGCUAAGCCUGAUUUCUUGAUAGAUGACAAAUUAAGAAUAGCGAAUAAAGUUGAAGCUGGACGAAAACUAAAAUAUUCAUAUACAAAUUCAUUUAAACAAGAUCCAAAGAGCUUAAUACAGUAUCUUAGUGAUAAUUUCUAUACGACACCUAUACUUCGCCAAGCAGAAUUAGCCAUGAAGCAUGUUCCAGUAUAUAUUUACGAGUUUUCAGAUGCUUAUAAUAGCCGAUUUGAAAUUCAAGGAAAAGAAGUUACUGCACAUACGUCAGAUUUGCCGUUAAUUUUUUACAACGCCUUAAAUAUUACAUAUCCUGCAGAUUAUUUGACGCAGAAAAGAUUUUUAAAAUUAUAUACCAAUUUCAUUAAAUAUCAGAAUCCCACUCCUGAGUAUGAUGAUAUGUUAAUGCAUUGGCCCAAAACUACUGAAAAUUUGGACUACUUGAAUAUAAAUACCACGUUGGAAGUUCUAGCACAUCCCAGAAAGUAUGAAUCUUGGAAAAAUAUUUUGAAUACAUAUAUGUCCAAACCGUACAAUGUUUAUUAA